GCCGCAAUUUAAUCAAGUGUAGUCCAGAGCAGUUGCGUUUCGCGUCAGACCGAGAGCAUUUACUCGAGACACUUGCUAAAGAACAUGGCCAUGACAGCACGCCGUGGACUUUUAAUCGCGUGGCUGCCGAGAUUGGCGGAAGUCAGUUCCAGGAUAUUUCAGCUGACAUUCCAUCCGAAGCUGAAUGGUCUAGGGCUCAGGAUGUUCUCCAAGAGAUCCCUCCUGUGAGAUUUCGGUUUCGAGGAAAGCGAGCACAACCCGAACCUUUGGAGAUCCCAGAGGAACCAGAAACCGGUGGUGCAACCAGCUCCAGAAACGAGGCCUGGUACAUGGCACGAACGGAAAACCCGCUAGCAGGUCAAAUCAAGGGGGAACGCUGGUUCGAUCAUGUACCAGAGUCAGCCUGGUUCACAUCAACGUCCGAAUAUUGGACCGACAAGGCGGCAGCCGUGGAGAUAGAGGUAACUUUACCAGAAUCACGACAAGGCUUAGAGUCAGCGUCACGUAACUUGGAGGCCUUCUUCACUGGCGCUUUGAAGCGACGGGCAGUGGAGGACGAAGCGUACGAACACCCUGCCACAUCAGCGCCAGUGAUGACAAAGCAGACACGUCAGCUCUUUCUUCAACUGGCCGCGAACUCCAAGUGGAGUGUUUCGAAGGGAGACAUCACAGGAGCCUUUUUACAAGGCAAAGAGUUGACAGAAACCUUGUAUUGUAUUCCGACCGAUGAAAUAUGCACUGCCUUGAAGAUACCGACCGGCUCGGUCACGAGGCUACGACGUGCAGCCUACGGAUUGGUGCAAGCACCGCUCCAAUGGUACUUAACCAUAGCCGAAUUCUUGGAGGAAAUAGGUCUAGAACGCCUCCGAUCGGAUCCCUGUGCAUGGGUGUGGAGGCCGGAAAAGACUGGCAAGCCACGUGCCAUGGUGGUGGGUCAUGUAGACGACUUUUUAUUUGCAGGAUCCGACCACGAUACAGGUCACCAGGAGCCGCUGAAACCCAAGCCGCAGUCAAUGGUGAAGACAGCCUAUACUUUGUAA